UUGGCGAAGUAAUUUUUAAAAUAAACUUUGUCUAAACCGAGAAGAUCAAAGCUAAAGUUUAUGUAAAUUAACAUGAUUUUUUACCACAUAUAAAGAUACGACACGCUUAUGAUUUUUCUUUGUGUUUUCCUCCUGAAUUAUUAAUGAGUUUUUUAAAUAUAUAUAUAUAUAUAUAUAUAUAUAUAUAUAUAUAUAUAUAUAUAUAUAUAUAUAUAUAUAUAUAUAUAUAUAUAUAUAUAUAUAUAUAUAUAUAUAUAUAUAUAUAUAUAUAUAUAUAUAUAUAUAUAUAUAUAUUAGUGCUCUCUAUACUUCUUGAAAUGUUUUUUGGUCGAAAAUUUAUCAAUAUUGAAAAUUGGUCGAUUUAAACAAGCAUUCAAUUCAGUGUCCACUUGAACAAGCAAUAACAUGAGAAUUGAGUUUCAUUAAAUCUACAAUAGCUGUUUGGAUUUUAAAAUUUUGCAGGUAGUUCCAACUCGGCUUACAUUUUCCAUUAACUGUUUGUUUAGCAUUACUGUAAACAAGGAAGGUGGAUGUUUCCGUGUCCCUGUAGCAAGUGCCUUCCUCCUAUUUCCACCCAAUGCUGUUGAGGAGAAAGUAACUCUAAAGUGUAGCCGAGUGAAGUAUAAAGAAUGUGAAGUGAAGCCAAGAGACGGAGAAUUAUUCGUAAGCCGGAUCCUUAAAAUUGAACCGGAAGGCGUGACGUUUAAGAAACCUGUGACAGUUCUUGUAUCUCACUCAGCAAACGAGGACCAGGAUUUUCUGCAUUUUUAUGAGUUGAUCGUUGAAAAUUUAAUUCCCACUGGUUGUCAGGAGUUAAAGACGGAACGAAUAAGCUUCAUUGAAGGUACUGGCAAUUAUAAACAGUGUCACUUUCAAUGGGUCGCCAGUAAAAUUUCGUGUUAAAUUUCGCUUGAAAUAGCUGGCCGUUUGAGAAGUUAUAUCAUACAAACAAGCUCCCUCCCAUUGAUCACCACCUUUUUAGAGAGAAACAUUUACUUGGCCCUCUACCCCUUCGCAACAAAAAUCAUAUAUAUGUAAUGAUUUUGUGCGUUUCGCAAAAUCAAGCCCGCCCUCUAUUAUGACCCCUUUUCUUGUCAUAAAAUAUUAAGGCCCACCCAAGGGGGUUAUCAGAAGGUUUAUAUAGUUGUUACUUUCGCUUUCUAGAUGUUCCAAAACAAAUAUCUAAUGAAGAGAUCUUACGUGAUUACUUGCCGUUUGCCAAAGCAACCAUACACGAAACGUGUACCUUAGUUGCUGCAACACGAGUUAGGUCCGAUCAGAUUUUGAUACCAACAAACCGAAGUUAUUCCUUUUCUAAGCAGUAUGGAGACAACGCAGAAUUGAAGAUCACAUUUCCGGCUGACAUAACAAAGAAGAUACUGAUUUUAAAAGUUCAGGUAAUAUAUUCCUUUUUAUAAAUUAAUGUCUGGAGAAUUCAGUGUUACUUGUUGGGUUUCGGUUUAGGUAUAGCGGUGGGGAAUAUAAUGGGUCCAACUACUUCAAAAAUAAAACGUGCUUAAGUUGCGAAGUUAGUAUAACUGCAGUCGAACUCCACUAAUACUAACAGGUGUCCGUAAAGCCCGCCGCACACGAGCGCACUUGUCGCGCGUACUUGUUAUUCGUGACAAGUUGGAUCGACAAAAUUUCCUCGUGUGCGGGCAACAUUUACGGCAUUUUCGUCAUUCGUGACAUGUAAACCAAAUAUCAAACAUGUUUCAUAUUUUUCGUCAUUCGUGACAAAAAAAUUCUCGUGUGCGGGGAGCAAACGACAAGCGCGCCUGAAUAGGAAAAUUUGCGCAUGCGUGCAACUUGCAGAAUUAAAAAUAACAUGGCGGAUCAAAAUCACGAGCUCUUGUCUUGUUUUUAAUUCUCUGCAAGUUGCACGCAUGCGCAAAUUUUCCUAUUCAGGCGCACUUGUCGUUUGCUCGCCGCACACGAGAACUUUUUGUCACGAAUGACGAAAAAUAUCAAACAUGUUUGAUAUUGGGUUUACAUGUCACGAAUGACGAAAAUGCCGUAAAUGUUGCCCGCACACGAGGAAAUUUUGUCGAUCCAACUUGUCACGAAUAACAAGUACGCGCGACAAGUGCGCUCGUGUGCGGCGGGCUUUAGGAGAAGUCGACUAUAGACCUGAAAGUUGAGAAAGUUUUAAGUUAAUAACUUUCUUAACAAUCUUCGACUGAACAACUUUUUUUCAAUCAUAAAAAAGCUUAACAAUCGAUUGUUAAUUGAUCAUAUAAAAAAGAUCGAUGGUAAGGACAACAGAAUAUAAGUGCCUUACUAGUUACUAAGUCCGACCAAAACUAUACAAGAUAAAGAUUACGUUGUACAUACAAAAGUAAAUUGAACAAUUAACUUAUUUGCUUGCUCGAGGGGUAAAUCCAAAUUAAGAUAAUCGAUUACCGAAAAUUAUCUACUAAUUAACAAUCUUAACAAUCUUAAUCAAUCUUAAUAAUCUUAACUUACUUAAUUAACAAUCUUCGACUGAGUGUAAGGGGAACUGAAGAUAGAGAGUUUGCCAUCAAAUGGGAGGUUAUGAUGGUGCGUGCUUGUAACAUGGACGGGUUUAUAGUAUGACACAUAUGCACAGAAGAAGAAUAUUGAUAUUGCAAACAAUCUCCUUACUUCUGUGUAAAUUUUACACUUUUAGUUGUUUCCCGCUGAUGCUGUCGUAAAGAAAGAUAUACGUUUGGAUAAAAAUAUUAUUUGUGCGCCUGUCAUAAGAGUUUCUGGUCAGAAAACGCCAUUCCUCAAAGCAGUUGAUGUCGAGCUCACAUACUCUCACAACGACGUAGCGAAUAUCAAAGAUAAAUUUUUAUCCGUUAGAAAAACGAUUCAAUUCACAACUGAUUAUGGGCUGUUGUUGCGUAGCCAAGAGGAGAACGAGUCAGUCUCAAAGUGGCUAAAUUUAAAUGAAAGUAACAAAGUGUAUAUUGAACGACCAAGAAAAGAUCAGCUUAAGUUUUCGUUUUCGGUGGAACAUUUUUCCGAGUAAGUAUUCAUUUGCUAUGAUUCAAUCAGAAAGGAAAUAAUAAUAAUAUUUAAUCAUUUAUAUAGCGCCAUUUCUUCCAGUAAACCAAUGGCACUUUACAUUAUUUAUGUUUAAAAACUUAUCUAUACUAAAUUACGAUUUAAAACCUAUAGUCUAUACGCAUGUCUAAGUAAAAAUGUCUUUAGUUUUUUUUUAAAGUAGUUAUACAAGUUAUAUUCUUAAUCUCCUCUGGCAGUCCAUUCCAUAGGAUCGGUGCAGCGACAGAGAAAGCUCUUCUUCCAUUUCUCCUAAGAUUAAAGUUUGGUACUGUUAAAAGUCCUCUAUUAGUUGAUCUUAAAAGUCUGUUGGGUUGAUACGGAGUUAAAAUAUCACAUGCAUAGGUACCUUGGGGCUGUUCCAUUUAGUGCCUUGAUUGCUUGAACGUAAGUACUAAGAUCUUGAAGUCGAUUCUCUCGUUAACUGGAAGCCAAUGGAGUUCCUUUAGUAUAGGUGUUAUAUAUGCUCAUGUUUUCCAGUACACGAAAGAAGACGAGCCGCAGCAUUUUGUACAUAUUGUAAUUUCUUUAUUUGCUACCAUGGCCAUGCACAGCAAACGGAACUAAACGAAAUUCCGUCACACCUGCGCUACAUAUACUAUAGGAAGCGAACCUACAUCACACCUACGCUAUAUAUACUAUAGAAUAAAAUAAUACUAUAGGAAAUAAGGAAUGUAAAUUUUCCACAUUUGCGCUUGUGACUGUUUUUAGAAUAUAUUGCAUUGAUUUGCAAUAUAUUGACCGGGGUGCUAUUUUGUUCAAUCAAUUUUGCUGCAAUGCUAUAAUAUUUUAUGUGCAAAUGAGAAAUGCAGUAAGUUGUCGUAACCUUUCAGGCCAUAUAUCUUAAAUAGAGGCUUGAUAAAGUUUUCUUUCGAAAAGGACGCUUUAUAUUAGGCGGGUGGUUUAGUCAACGAUUUACGUAUGGAAAUAUAUAACAAGCAUUUAAUGCGGUUAAUAUGAUAGGACCAUUUAUCAAGGCCAAUGUUUGUAUUAUAAUUGGUGCCGAGAAAAUAAAUAAACAUCAAGAGAAAAGAAGGGACUACGGUUUCUAAGAUUCACUGGAAAAUGAAGCUGCGAUGGUUUUUUGUCUACUUUUUAGUAUUCAUCCGGUGGUGGAUAUGAGUGAGCCAAGCACUGUGUCACCGCGAGACGGCGGUAGAGUUGUGCGAGACGGUGGUGUGGUGGAUAUGAAGAAUCAAGCUUGUUAUGAUGCAUACGUAUGGGCUGUGCAUAAAACUGGUAUUAUCCCGAAAACACUUCAUUCUUUGUUGGCGCCUAAGCAAGCGAGACGUGAUCUUUACGAUCAAUUGAAAGUAAACGGAGUGCGUUUCAUGCAUCGCCUCAAUUGUGGAGAGCCAGUAUUCUUCUGUGUUCCUAUGUCAGAUAGCGAUCAUCUGCCCCUUAAGGAUAACACUUUAUG